CAACAACUGCUUCAACAACAACGUGCAGCCCUUCCAAAGGCCUUCUGCACCUGCCCAUGACCAAUGCUUCUGCACCGGAGGCAAUGCGAGGUGCGAGUGUGCCAAGCUCGACAUCUGGUUCCUAAGGGCAGGAAGAGGAACGGAGACGACAAACCUGCUGUGCUGGUAGCAGACGCCGUCUGGGCGCUGAUGAGCAUCGACGGCGUACACAACACAACUGAGAGCUGCCGGAACAUCGAACAUCCUUCGUGGGAGCGGGUAGCCGUGUUCGACCUCAAUCUCUGCCGUGCUGCUGAGGGGAUUGCAAGGGGCGCCCCAGUAAAGCCUCCAAGAGACUCGAACCCCACCGCGGGGGCGGCGGCCGCUGCUUCCUCCGCAUCCUCUUCCUCCUGGAUAUCAAGUGCAACUUUUGAACGGCCGAGUGCCGUAGCUGCAGCAGUACCGGCUAGGAAAAACAAGGCAGCAGCAGCAGCAGCAACACCUGCCGCUACUGCUGUCAAGCGAUCGUCGUCGUCAUCCCUCAACCCUUUCGCGGUGGCCGAAGCCGAGACUCAGUCACUGAACCCGUUCGCCUCCAACUUCGUGCCACCGGCAGCCACGCCGCUGUCGUCGCCACCACCACAGGCAGCAUCCCCGAGAUCUAAAUCUUCUUGUCCGCCAGCGGCCGCAGCGUGGGUUCUUCGGGCAUCCAUGGUCUUGCACCUCCGCGUGCUGCACGGCCGCCUUAGAUCGAAAGAAGUGCUGGGCGAUGUAGCCGUCGACUUGGUCCCGCUGCUUCGGUCAGGGGGCGACCGGCUGGCCACAGACCGCUUGGAGUGGUUGGAAGAGGAAGAUGGCGCGCCGCUGCUGCCGCUGGGUAAUGGUGACGCCGGCGUGAUUACUACUCAUCCUCCUCCGGUUGUUGCGGUUGACACCUGGGUGUCUCUGCGACAGGGCACCGCUGAGCUUCGGGUGCAGAUACUGAUGAAAACCCCCAGGGAACCCGCGAGCAGUAACGUGGGAAGUCAACGUGCACAAGUCGGCGGCGACGAAGCGUGGGCCGCUGCUUUCGACGCCCUUUCGGCCGACGGGCUAGUCAAGACGAGCUUGGAUCUGGAGCAGAGAUCCCUCGACGAGCGGCUUUUGGAAGUCCAAGAGACGUACGACUUUAGCGCCGGGAGCGGUUACCGUGAAGGGAAGCCGGACGAGGACGAGGGGGCACGCGACCUGGAUCAAGGAAAAGAGGGGGACCCAAAGACACCGGAAUGGCCGGCGUGUGAGUCGGAGGCUGCGCGGCUCCGAAGAGAUAUGCAACUCGCGGCUUUGAGAGAUCGCCGGCAAUCGAUCGCAUGGGCAGAGAAACUGGGCUCGUCAGCUGACUUGCGAGAAGCCCUCCGGCGCCCGCCGUCGUUCAGCGCGCGAAGCAGCCAGGGGCCAGCCGCCGGGGGCAAGAGGGCGAAGGCCACCGCUGUGCCUACUCCGUUCGCCGCUUCGCCUGUGUUCCGAGACCUCAAGGAGCUCGUGGCCCAAGGCAUCCCGCCCGCGCUUCGGAGCGCGAAUCAUCCUCCUUCCGCAGGCGCCACCGGUGCUAGAAGUUCUGCGGCAGGGGCAGGGGGCAGCAGGAGGGUGGGGGGGGCGUUCAUGGCGGCGGAGGAGGAGGGGGAGGAGGAGGCGGGUUUCUUGGAUGGCGUCGUUACCGCCAUCCCGCGGGUAGAGGUAGUCCGCGUGUCCGGGACCAUCUGCUGCGCGGAGUACCAGCUGCAGGUCAAGCGGAAGCGAGGGGAUAGCUGGUUCGUGUUGCGACGAUAUUCGGACUUCUUGAGGCUAUACGAGCACCUCCCGAUCGACCUGCAUGCGCCAAUACCCCCCAAGAGCUGGCGGAGUAUUUCGUUCCUCAGCAUGACGCCGGAGUUUCUGGAGGAGCGGAGGGUGGCCCUCGAGGUGGCCCUCCGCAGGCUCGCCAUCAGCGCUGUCCAAUCAGACGUCGUCGUGCAGGCUGACGUGAGAGCCUUCCUGGGGUUUCCACCUUGCGAGGGGGCGGGAAGACUGGCCGGGGUCGACUCUCGCGUGGCCCAGUAUCUGAUCAGGGUGCCGGUGGACCUGGAGUUGUCGCUGCCGGCAAGGGCCAUGGCGCCGGUGCCCCUGUUGCCCAACCUCCGCGUCGCGAUGUGGAUGCUACUCUCCGGAGCGGCGCACAAGGCAUCCAUCGCCGAAGAUCGGGAGCAAUACGCCGCUCUCGUCAGCGUUACCGACGAGGCAGAUUGGUGCCGCCGGGGGGGCUCCGCGAAAGACUACUCCCUGGCGGCUCGCGCCCUCGAAACGAUCCGGUCGGACGUGAACCGGACCAACGUCUCGAGCAGCGCGGAGCGGGAGAGAAUGCGGCGGGUCUUGAGGGCGUUCGCUCUCAAGGAGCCCAGGACGGCCUACUGCCAGGGAAUGAACUCGGUUGCGCUCUUCCUCCUGAGGACGGCCGGCGGGCGCGAGGACGUGGCUUUCUGGCUGCUGGUUUCCUUGGCGACAGACGUGAUUCGCGGUCACUGGGAGCAGCUCUCUCACAUCGCUACGGCUGGCACCGGGACUGUCACCAUCAGGAUGCUGCUGGGAGAGAGAAUGCCGGACCUGCUCGAGCACCUGGACCGCAACCUCCCCCCGGAGGUGCUGCUGUGCGACUUCAUGCUCUCCUUGGGGUGCAGGAGCCUUCCCCCGACCACGCUGUGGAGGUGCUUCGACUUGAUCUUCUCUGAAGGGGGCGAUGCCCUGAUUUACAUCGCUCUCGCGGUGCUGCACCUAGCGGAGGGAAGUCUUGUCGUGGUGCAGGGGGCCCCGGCGACGUCGGAGGCACUGGCCAAGUGCACCGCUUCCAUGCAGGACGCGGACCGCUUGAUAGAGAUCGCGAGGUCGGAGAUGGCGAGAGGCAUCGACCAAUCAGGGUCCGGCACGGCCUCAGCCCAUGACAGACCGCCGCCGUUCGACGUAUCAGCCCCGUUCAGUCGGCGUAGACCCCCAUGAGAAAAGAAGACUCUACCCCUGCCGUGUUUGCAUGCCUGCACCGAUGGUGUAUUUGCAGUUUGUACUAGUAGCCUGUGUUUUUUUGUUGUGCCUCUUUGCGAGCGAAAGUCUGCGCGCCAUCCAACGAGGACAUGUACUGGAGUUUCACGAAGGUUCAGUUUUGGGGUGAACCGGUACAUGUAGUGGGAGUGGCUUUGAGUGAGUGCCCUUAUCCGUAGCCAGUAGGGACGGUGAACGUUGGAUGUGUGCCAUACGUUUGGUUGGCAUCAGUCUAGAACCGGGAGGUUUGUACCCACCUGUUUUUUUUUUUCGUUUUUUUGUGUCGUCCCAUCUGGUUUGGGCGCCAAUCUCUACGCCUUGGGUGUAUGUUUGACGAACCGACCGGGAUCGCAGAGGAAGAUUUCGUCUUCUUUCUCCCCAUCUUGAUUGCCCUCCGUUGUUACCGAAAGUAAGGAGGGUUCAGCACCGUUACGUCGGUAAUUUGUCGAUUUUUCUCCUUGGUGCCGGCGCAUCACUCGUGGGGAGAACUUCGUAGGAACCAUGUUCGUAGAAUUAUAGCACAUGCCGCUGUAGAUACGUAUCCGCCCUGCUACGGUUUUCGUGAUUUGGAAGCAUUUGCAGGCUUCCUGCCCCCCCUUACGUAGUAUGAGGCUAACAGCUCUCGCCCACGGGCGCGUGUAACGCUUGGAACCGCCUGGAGUACCGCCAAGGGUGGAUGUGAAAUGUCCCCCCUGAGUGAUUUUCAAAGGUCGUCUACUCUGCAGCAGAAGAAAUGAAGUGAAGGUGCCGAGAAUGGCGCGGGGGCGUUGGAGGCGUCUCGUCGAGAGCUUUCCGAAAACGCAAAAACGGCUUGACUUCGUCGUUGGACAGACGAGCUUCGAGAAUCAUCCAAGGGGUUGUGGUGGCUUGUGCAAACUAAAAGGUCUGACGACGCUGGUGCUGAAGCUAGUACCGCCUCUUUCGCAGCACUCAAGGAACCUCCGAAAUGAAUCUCCCAGGGCCCGCACUUGUUCUCAAGCCCCGUAGGUUGAGUUUCUGUUCCCACUUAAAAAAAAAACCCGGCACCUGAGUUCCUUCCGUGGCCACUAUUUGGAAACAACAAUCGCCAAAACAAUCGCCACAAUCUACGGUAUAUCCAUAAUUUUUUGGCAACCAGCAAACACCAUCACAACUCUCUGAGCGAGGUUUGCGGCGCACAGAGUGAAGAACGAUUUUCUCUUGAGCCACGCGGGACAAUUGGGUCUGAAAAGGUCGGUGCAGGAUAGUCGAUAGUCGUCUGAUGAAACGUCUUCACGGAAGACCUCGGCAAGCAAGGUGCGGCCGGCCUGUACGAAGGAAGUGUCGUGAAAACAACCUAUUACUAGUUGUUGUGAAUUGCUCUUUUCUCCACGUUUCGGCUGUUACCAACCGAUGCGAUUCUUCGGCACGGCUGUUACGAUCGGCCUCGCACAGACAAGAAGGUGAACACGCUUACGUGGCUUUCACACCCGUACUUGUGUGUGCAAGAAAGACAUAAAAAACACAUCCCCAAGACUCUGUUUUCAUGUGGUUGUUACAGCAGUACUGUUGGCGGUCCUCAAAAACGGUACCCUCGAUAGCGGAAUGCCCUCUGUGGCGGCACCGAAAUCGCUUGACACCAAAACAUUUCUCAGUACAAUCCCUAUUAGCAAUAGCGUCACUGCCCUCUUUUGCGGCACCGAAACUUCUUGUCACUACCUACCGCCAUUGAGGACCACCGACUGUAGCGAUGAGUUCGCUGUGUUUAGGUAAGAAAGGCAACAAGGAAAAAACCACGUGCCAUGCGGCAAUGAGCACAACAUCAGCUACUCCUGCACGGCAACCGCGCAAUGUCCACGCCCGGUCCCCAAUCCCGUCGCGUUUAGAUACCAGCUACAGCUUUUUGCACAGCCCGGCAAUUGCCUAACCCGUGUCCGCUUUCCACUUUCCGCUUCAGCGAUCCGUGCCACGAUUCAUUCCACGUUUUUUUUUUUAUUCCUAGUAGACCCAACAUAUCCGUCUCUAUCUAAGAAGGGAGUCUAAGAUAGAUUAGCAAUGAAUUUAUUGCGUCAGAGAAGGCUACCUGCGUAUUUCCACGAGUUCCCGAGCAGCACACAGCGACAUCUCGCCUGUGGGUACGGGCUCAACAAGACAGUCGAAGCAUUGCAGUUUUCUUCCCUGCCCUUUUUUUCUACUCCGACGAUUCUCCAAUGGUAGAGCCGGCACAGGUGCUUCAGUUCUGCUUCUAUAUCGAAGGCUACUAUGCCCAAGCUCGGGCGUCGGGCCAUUGCCCAACCUCCUCCCCUUGCAUCGUACACACACAAGCCGCCGGGUUUGGGGUUCUGCUGGGAGCGAAUUCCCUUUGGCUUCGCGACACAAGUCAUGACAAGCCUGCACCGGCUUCUGAUGCCCUCGCUGCUGCUUUUCAUUUUCGGCGUCUUGCUGCAGCUCGCUGUCUUCCCCUGCUGCCAUGUGCUCACGGCCUUCUUGCUGCUGCUGCU